ACUCGUUCGCUCAGUCAUCGAACGGACUUGCUAGCGCACGGAUCUCUCUCUCGGGGUCGCCGACUGACGGACGGAUAGGAUAGCCAAAAGCCUCAUCAAUCCAGGCAGAUCAGAAGUAGCAGAAGCGUGGACUAACAUACCGUCAGUCGCAGAGUUGGGAGUAGGAGUAACGUCACCGUAGCGAAGCCUUUACUGCUGUAGUGUUUCCUUCCACCAUAUUUGUGUGAUUUUGUCGGGGCGCGCGUUUGUGUAGGUGUGUGUCGUCUACCCUCUAGUGUGUAAGGUCUCUGGUCUAGGUUGGUAGGUAGUUGUGAACCGUGCGGUGAAGUAGCAGCAGCGCAGAUAAUAAAUUCAGACAACCGAAGUAAGCAGAAGUGUGCUGUAUCGUCCUCCUGCGCUGCGUUCGUCGUCUUCGCUCAAGAGUAGCAAACGCAUCGUCGACGGUGUUGUGUCGUCAGCAGCAAAGCUAUUCGCGUGGAACUUGGUGGGUUUAGUGCUUACGCGAUAUCCGGACGAAGAAGUGCGACGGUUCGACGACGAAGAGAAAUCGAGACUCUCGGGGCGCUGAGUUUGACCUUAUGUAAUUGGGGGAGUUCGGCAGUGCGGAUCCCGUGAAAAUUUACUGGCUUUUCCUUCGAUAUUCGACGUCUAAUCGUGCCGUGAGUGAGUGAGUGGGUGGGUGUGAAAACCCCUUGAAGAAAAAGCUCUCCCGUGAAGGUGUCUCCUGCAAGCAGAGUGCUUCCCAGAAGGGAAAAUCCAGGGAGUAGCAUUAGGCGUGGUAGUGUGAUUUGCCAGUCUACUACAGUCUCUAGCGAGACGAAGAGUGAAGUGUACGAAGCGAGGUGUGGUGGAUUGUCGUAGUUGUCGGGUGAGCGAGUAAAGUAAUGGAGUGAGAAGAGCCAAGCGCCGCCAUCGGUGAUAAGAUUAGCUAAUUCAAUACAAGUGCGGGAGCUUUUCUACUCCAUAUUGGGGCCUGUGCGUGCAAAGCUUGUGAUAGGAAAGGUUUCUGUUUAGAGGAUUAGAGUGUCUAGCAAGUAGCCCAGAAGAACAAUGGAUAAAUCCGGUGGAGGUGAUUCCCGUGAUGGUGGACCUUCGUCGUCGUCUUCGUCAUCUGCCUCGUCACCAGCGCCACAGCAGACUGCGACAGUUCCGGCCAUUGGGUGUGGUUCCAGAUCCAGCUCCAGUUCUGGGACAUCAAGUAACACCGCCCCGAUGACGUUGAACGUCACCACCACGACCGGGGGCAGCUUUUCCGUCCUGGUUGACGGUGAAAAUUCCGUGGAAAACCUCAAGAAAAUCAUAUCGAAAAAGCUGAAAGUCUCCAAGGACCGUAUCUGUUUGCUGCACCGCGAGAGGGAGCUUCACGAUGGCACUCUACGAGAGAAUGGACUGAUGGAUGGCUCCAAGCUGAUCCUCACACCGAACGUUGAGACUGGACUGCUGGCACAACGGGCGGAGAACACUGUCAUGCAGGCGCUGGAGUCGCUAAAUGAUAAUCAGGUGAACGAUUUUCUCAGUGGUAAAUCUCCGUUGAACUUGAGCGUUCGAUUGGGUGACCACAUGAUGCUUAUUCAGCUGCAGCUUAGUACUUUGAACCCUUCGUCGCAGAGUGGUAGUCGCUCCAAAACUCACAAAUCUCGCAGCUUAACUGGAGGAAGCAGCAGCUCUAACGCAGCUGGAACUAGUCUAAUACAAGCUUCGUCCUCUAGGAGUAGGACCAGUAUCCCAAUAGGGUUCCGCAGAGUAGCUGCCGAUGGCUCGAGUGGGUCCAGCAACAGAACCAUUGUUGAACACGUGACCGAGACACAGACCUUCACAAAGCAGGAACUAGAAAAUAUCCAUAGCAUAGUGAAGAAUCUUGCCGAAAGUGAAAACCCCACAAUGGCCAUUGUGCGCCCAAGCGCACCGGAGCCGAUGGAGACUGAACCGGAAGUCAGACCUUCGGCAUCGGAGUCACCGAUCAAAUCCCUAUCCAAUCUGGUCUCUAGUUCGAUCAACACUAGUAACAUUCCCGUACCGUGCAAUAACAACAGCCUUCCAGUGGAUCUGCCCUCACCUUGCACGGAUCCAAUUAGCGCCAAUCUCACCUCAUGUCUUUGCAAAAGACUGGACAACAACGACAACAACUCUUGCGAUACAACCUGCUCCUCGCGUGCUCCAGAACCUCAACCUUCGACGUCCAACGCCAGCUUGCAUCGCACCGCACACAAUCCCAUCACGCGUCACAAAUCAAAGGUCCACUCUCUCCGGAAGCACUACAGCUUUGACAGCACUGCCUUGGAGAAGACGGAACUUGAAACAGUACAACCGGUGGCCUCGACGUCUGCUCCCAACUCUCCACAGCGCCCGGAUCAAACUCUUGUGCACCAUUCACAUCAUCACCACCACCACCAUCAGCACUAUCACCAACAUCAUCAUCAUCACCAUCACCCAAGUCAUCAAUCUCAACCUCAACCCGGUCCAAGCAACGCCUCGCGAGCCAUUAGCACUGACCCGGCAAACGCAGAGAACCCUGCGCUAGCGGAAGCCUCCCGCAAUCUAACACAAACCCUCCGGAAACUGUCCAAGCGCGUAUUCACCAACAAGGUUAGCGACGCCGCACAGGAACAGGCCCGCAACGUCAGCUCUGGAGCAGUAAUCGAGUCGAUGAAACACCACGGGAAGGGCAUCUACUCCGGUACCUUCUCAGGAACGUUAAAUCCCGCCUUGCAGGACAAGUUCGGCCGGCCGAAACGGGAUAUCUCCACCAUCAUCCACAUCCUCAAUGAUCUGCUCAGUGCUGCGCCGCAAUGCGCCCGGACAGGAACCAAGAUCUACUUCGAACCAUCGCAAUCGUCAAGUUCUGCCUCCACUUCAGCGACCAACCAUGUCACAGCUGGAACAAGCUCUAGCACCGGAUCUACACCCACCAGCAGUACCAACGGAAGCAACUUGCAAGCCGCAGCCCUGAUGGCCCCCAGUACCCUUACCACUCCAGUGGCAACGCCUAGCCCUCGAUUGGUUUCCCGUUGCGUCCCGGCGUCGAUCCACACCAAAAAGUAUCCCAGCAACAGCAACGGUACGACUACCACUGUCGCAAACCUUGGCCCUAGCAGCAGCUGCUGCAGCGGUUGCAAAUCCAUAGAACCCCAAACCAACGGUGGCGCCACUUCUUCCGCCCUUGCAGCUCGCUGCCUUCACCACGCGCCGAAAGCCACCCCGAAAGUGCUGUGCAAAUGUGGCCUCCCACUGACGGCGGCACCCACGGCGUCGUCGUCGUCGUCGUCGGCAGCACCCAGCAGUGCCCCACAACAUUGCCCACGCUGCGCCGCCGCCAUCAGUGCAGCCGAGCUGGAAAACUCCAAAACCAAAUCCAAGCUAGACAAUCUCCGCCUGAUUAUGCAGCAGAAAAAGGAACGCCGCGAAGCACGUAAGCAGAAGUGUGCGCCGUACAGCACCGCGGCAACGUCCACGAUGGCCUCCUCACUAGCAGCAUCAUCAUCUCCGUUGUCGGCCAUCGGAGUCAGUGGGACGACGACGGCGGCUGCGGCCGCCCUCGUUACCCCACACCACUCCACCUUUUCAGCCACCGCCACCACCGCCGAAGCUCAACCCAUUGAAGAGACAAUGGAUACGACUUCGGCCCUGGCUGCAGGAGAAACUCCAGCGACGGCGGCGGCAGCCGUAGCAGCAUCAGAAUCCACGGGAGGGAAUAGCAACAGCAGCAACAGCAACGCAGCAAAUUCGGCCACUGCCACCGCUACGGCAACGACCACCACCACAGCGGCGGCGACGGCGGCUGCGACGUCUUCGGAGGCGGCUCAAAGUCACCAGAUCGUCGAAGAGGUUGAUACUGUUGCAUAAGAAAAUCUACGGAGGGAUACUUUCAGGAGCAGCAAGCUUAAUCAACCGCAACACAGCCCCGAAGAAUUCAACUUUACCUUCAGUCUAAUAGGGAUUGCAGUAACGUUGGCGUAGAACCCGUUCUAGUAGAGGAUGAAAUCAUUUUGUACAAAAACGAAUAGUCAAGACUAAGCAAAAUAUUAACACUUAAUAAAUAACAAAGUACUAACAGCAUAACUAAAUUUCUUAGGUAAAAGAUGAUACACUUCUAGCAGAUAGAGCUAACCUCCUGUAAGCAUUGAUGAAUUAUCCACUUAAAAUAACCGCAAAACGGUUAGAUGCGAAUCUAAACACCCUGAAGAAAUUAAAAUUGAGAAAAUUUAUCGCAAAACAACGGUAGACGCAGAACGAUGAUCUCCAAUUUGAAUGAAAGUUCCGCUACCGAUUAGCCAAUCAUACAUUGCGAUUGAUAAAUCGUCUUAGACCAGGUCGAUAAAAAAAUCCAAGCUGUAGUAAGUAUUGAUAACUGCGAGGAAAAGUAGCAAAUUCUACCUAUAUCUUUAAGGCAAUCACUAAAAAAAAGAAUAUAACACAAGACACUCUUUAAGCAACAAUGGCUUCUGGUUUCCAAAACUAUCUCCAUUAAUAGUAACACUAACUCGGUGCAAUACCGGAUUUAUUGAAACGAAAAAAAAAUCCUGCUUCUCCUAGAACUGCAAGCGACAAAAAAAAAUUAAAACUCAUUCCUGUACUAUGAGCAAGUAUUUGUAGCGAAGAGAGCGAGAGGCCCCUUCAUGCGUACUAUUAGCAGCUUAGUGAAUCGAAUUUAAUCAAUUCUAAAUCUAGAUUUUGCUUCCUUGGCCGCGCGUACUUUUUUCUUACGUUUUGUUUUCACUCUGUUCACACGAUGUUUGUUUUGUUUUCUAUUUUUGCUCUAAUUCUGUUCUGCUUAGUUUAAUUACCUUAUCUACUGCGGAUGAACCGACGAAAACAGUAUAAUGUGUUCUUUUAAUAAAAAAAAUCUAUUGUCUUCUUUCCCUCGAGAGUUUGGCGAGUCGACCUCAAAGGUUCCGAACGGGAUUGGGUUUUAUUACAAUCAUUUAGGAUUACAUUUAAUAAAAAAAAAAACAACAAAUUGAGCGAUUGUGCGUGGUUAUUGUUGGUGUUAGAAUCGAGAGAUAUGUUUUUUUGAUUUGCCUUACUAUGUUUAUUAAGUUGAGAUGAGAAAAAUAAUAAAAAAAAGUUAGUUGUAGCGUGAAUAUUAUAAAACACAGUGAUUGUGUUUCGUAGUUGUAAGCUGAGCGAUGUUCCGAAGCAAGUAGCAUUCGUACAUUUGAACCAAUUGAUUUAACGGAAGGGAGUGGUACAUCUUUCAAAGACAAACCUAGCAAAUAUAUAUUCAAAGAAUAAACAAACAAAAUUAAAUAAAUGAGUAAAGAAAUCACGUCAAGCGGACAUGCAAACUAAAAGCUAUGGGUGAGCGUCAUUUGAAAAUGUCAUGCCCCUGGAACACAAUGGUGUAGCGUAAUGAAACGGUAUGAAGUUAAUAAUCAAUAAAGUAAACAAAUAAAUCGGAUGGCUAAAGAACAAAUCAACGUGUAAUAACUAAGAAGAGUAAAUCUUAAACGGAAACAAUAAAGAAUUACUGCAAUCUACGGCAAA